AUGAAUACUGGUUUCACAUUUCCGCCUAGUUCAGGCGAUCAGAAAAAUGGUAACUUCAAGUUCCCACAAAUGACCGACGAACGAGCUACUGCAGACGGAAAAGAGCCUCUCAGUAUGAGUCUCGAGACUAAAAGGCUCGAAACUUCGCCAUCUGAUGCUCUUCCCUCGCAACUUUUAACAGCAGAGGAACCAGCGUUGGAGACCUCGCCAAUCAUCAUAAAGUCCUCUACGCCACUGAUCAACGAGAAAGUAGCGCAUCUGAGUGAGCCUGUCACCAUUAUCUCUGCAGCAGAACAAGAACAGGCAAAUGCAGCUGCAUCCAAAAAAGCUUCAACCAACGAAUAUGCCGUAAACAUGCGGCAACAUCUGGCCACGGACUGGAAAAGCCCUUCCGAGUACGCACUACACAUUCUUUUUACGAAGUUUGUACGACACGCCGAGAGUAAACUCAAUCUCUGUCUGCAAUAUCCGCUUGACUCUGAGCCCCCGAUCGUCGAACUGCUAGGUGAGGGCGUAGACCAUGCCUUCGACAAGAUAACAGAGUCGUUGGGUUUCAUAUCAAAGAAGAAACCCAAACCUGUAAUAGACGCUAUGAUGUUCUGGAGGAAAACCAAAUCGGAAGUUGCUGCAAUGGCCGCAGAAAACGUGGAAAAACUAAUCCAAGAGUAUGAAGUGCUCAGGCGUGGCUCGACUCUUCAAGAAAGCGUUAAAGUAAGCCAUACGGGAACGACAGCUCACACGACACACUCCAAGUCUUCGAGCCUGGGAAGCAAAAAAUCUCACAAACGGCGCAAUUCCUCGAGGUCCUACUCGAGCAGCAACAGCGGCGCUGAAAUGAGGUUACGGGUUAUGGAAGAUCAAAUCAAUGCCGCUAAAGAGACUGCUUUCCAGGCCGACAGAAAAUCUCUCAUCAGCAUCUACAUUCUAUGUCGGGUCCUUAUUGAAAUUGUCAAACAGGGCUCCGGACCUUCUGAUGACGAUCUCAACGAUAAAUUGGAAGAAAUCGUUUUCACUCAGUUGAAAACCACAGAUCCAAUUUCCAUCUCUUCUAGCAUUAUAAAGUCCUCGAAUUGGAAUUCAUUCGCAGAACUCUUGGGCUGGAUGUCAGAGACGAAAUUUGUUACUGUCAGUGACCGAUUUAUUGCUGAUUUAGAGAAGCUGCCGCCCUCAUUGCCACGAGAACUCGAGCCACCCGUGCACCUUCUUAUUCUAGGCAUGAGAUAUUUGAAGCUCAAAAACUAUCCUCUUGAGGUUUUCGAAGAGAGCGCAGACUUCAUAAAGUCCUUGGCCAAGUUUUUCGUCGCAAGUCAGAAUUUCUCUAUUCGAUUGGCUUAUGCUGAAGUCAUAAGUCAGCUUCUACUGCCGCUAGCUGGUUCUUUGACGGCAGAAGUAAAUCAUCCCACAUGGGUGGAGGCAAUGGGUUUAAUUCUAGAAAACUGCAGAAAAGUUCAAAAUGAUAACAAAUUUUGGGUCAGUUCAUUCAAAUUGAUGGUUUCUGUGCUUUGCGUCUCACCUCAAGAAUUGUUCUGUGAUCAGUGGAUGACGUUGCUGGAAAGAAACAUACCGAAGAUCAAAUCUAAAAGCUUAGAAGAGCGGGUGGUCUUUGCUACUGGGCUCUCACGCCUAACUUGGGUAUUCCUUUUCAGGUGCACAGAAACCUUGAAUAACACAGAGAGACGCUUGAGAAAGCUUUUCACGCUUUUAUUCACCCCGAAGAAGAAGGAUAACUGGAUCACUACUGAUAUGGACUUAAUCAACCCCUUGACUGAUGUCUUAGUCACAAUAGGGUCUCUUCAUUCGCCCUUCAUUAUGGAAAAUGUCAUAAUGCCUCUCAUCAAGAUGUCCUUUAAUGGGUCUUCACUGGAGAAUUUGAGCUACGAAAAAUUGAUACUGUCGAUCGAUACUUAUAGAGGCUUGCUGGUUACAAUAGAGCGCCCAGAAUUUCCUGAAAAUGACUGUAGGUUUUACGAGGUCAAUCUGAACAAAUUAUCGGUCAAAAUGGCCAACGCAGUAUCGAGCGAUCAUGAAGAGACCUGCAAGCAUUUUUACAAGCUUUUCCUACUUUUAGAUUCAACGAUCGGGUCCGAAGUGUGGUCCCCAGAAAACGAGCAUCAACGUCAAACGAAUACUCCCUUUGCUGGUAUAUCGUCUUUUAAUUUCAGCUUUUCCGGUGAAAAUGCUAACACUUCAAGUCGUGAGAUGAAUGCUGCUUUAUUUGCCGCCAUAAUUGAGGCCCUUCCCUGCUGUUUGACGGUUUCGGGGUUGGUUCCUUUCAAGUCGACCAUUGAAAUUCUAGCACGAAAUGCAGUUCACAGAAAUGUUCUCGUUGCCGCUAGCUCUCAAAAUGCGCUCAAGGCUUUGGCCCUGAAAAGAAACCCUUAUGCUUUGAUCACUUGGUUUGCAAAAUACUCUUUCGAUUUCGAUGAAAAAACUCAGUCAAGCUAUAACAUGGCAUACCUUUCUUCUGCUGAGUACCGCAAGCUGCUUGUUCAUUAUAUCGAACUUUUAAAGUGCUGGCUUCAUGAGUUCAAGAGCUCUAAAGAAUCAAAGUUUACGAAAGAGAUGGGUUUGGGAGGAGCUACUACAGCGGGUCUCGCAGAUAAUGUCCCUGCUGAAAUCAAAGACACUGAAAAGUACGAAUGGAAAAAUACUUUGACAGUGAUUGAAGACGUGGAAGGAAAUGGUUUGUUCUUCUUGUGCUCUCAUGACCAUGUAGUGAGGCGCUUGGCGAUUCAGAUUUUACGCAUUGUCUCCGAGUUCGAUGAAGCUAUGCAUGAAAAAACGCAAGGGCUGGAAAAAACGCAUGCACGAUCGCUGUCAAAAUUUGUCGCCAAAAGUGGUACUCGUCUGAUUGACUUGCUUCAAUCUAGCAACUACAUGAAUCUUCUAGAGAGUAGAAAGCUGUCUUUGAGUGUGGCCGAGAAAGCCAGGCUUGCAAAGCUAAAUUCAAGGUAUAGAGGUGAAAUUCUUGUCAAGCUAGCAGAGUCAGAUUAUGGGGUCGACACCGCACUGUGGAUGCGGGUUUUUUCGAGACUUCUGGGUGUGAUCUUCGAGCGCUCUCCGGUCACAAUGGCCCUUUGUCGAUCGCUUGUGUGCAUACGCUUGGUCCAACUCCAUGAAAUAAUCUUAUCAGUCGCAAGUAAUGCUGAAGAACCUUUGCAAGAAAUUUCUCCUCAAGUUAUUGUAAAUCAAUGGAAGCUUUACCUUAUUGUUGCAUGCUCUUCACUCACAUCCACAAGCGACCAGAAAUUACACAUCCCUGUCACAAACCAUCAACACGGCAGAAAUAAGUCUCAACAAAUCUUCACCGUACAACAUCAAAAAAUCAAGUCAGCCACAUCGAUCUUCAAGAUGGUAUUGCCCCUCUUAAAGUGUCGCAAUGCCUUCGUCAAGGACGCCAUAAUCACAGGUUUGAGCGCUAUGAAUGUUAACAUUUUCAAGGCGUACUUACAAAGUGUUGAUGGGUUUCUUACCAGCUGGCAUCUGGGAAGCUCGUCCAAUGGCAUGAGAAUCGAGAUCUUUCACAUCCUGGCGGUUUUGGCGUCUUUUUUCUCCAGUCCGACAGUUCUUGAUGACGAUUGGAUACUGAGAAAGUUAUCUCAAUAUUUAAAGGACGUCAAGCAAUUUUUGGAGACCAAGGAAGUACAGAAUUUAUUUGAGUAUCAGCAAUUGCGGAGUUACUUUGCCACUUUGUUGUCGAACUACUACCUAGCAAUCAAAAAGCAUCCACUUGUGGAUGAGCUUUUUCCGUUUGAGGCACGAGCCUCUUGCUUCAACUAUCUUGAAGAAUGGUGCGGUUAUGGCCAGUAUAAUUCGAUAGCCACUGAAAGGUACAACAGAAUGCGAGGUGCCGAGUACUCUAAGGAUAGAGGUGCUCGCUUCACGGCUAUUGAAUUUCAAAGGUCCCGCCUUGAGUUGGUGGCAUUAGAUGCGAUGGUACAUCUUUGUUGUGACAUUAUCACAAAGACGAUGGAUGAUAUACCAGGUUCCCCCAUUUACAUUUCAUUCGAUAUCUCCGGUCUCGUGUGUUGGAUCGACUCCUUAUUCAACGCAUCUGACGACAGGGUUCGAGCACUGGGAACAACGGCUCUUAAAGGUCUUCUUGAGAAUAAUAAAGAAAAUUCUCAGCUUUACAAUGAUACUUUGAUGCAGUACUCACUUCACAACUUAGACACGAGAGUGGCCACUCUUUAUUACACAGCAGUUUGUGAUUCUUUAUUGAAAAUGGAAACUUUUAUACUGCCAGAAGACGACAUCGUGUUUCUUGGUCUGAGCGGACUUUACGACGAGAGUACCGAGAUUCGAUCCUUUUCCAUUGACAUUUUAUCCGCCAUAGAAACCAAAACUUACAAAUCGUCUUACACCAAAGUUUUCAAGGAGCGGUUGGCUAACGACUCUAAAACAGUUUACAAAUCUACUGCAAAGGAAAUCUCAACCAUUUUCGCCGAGCUCCCACCGUCAGAUGUUCGGCUUAAAAUAUUCUCAAAAAUGUGUCGCAACAUCAAUUUUUUGAAAUCUGAGCUAAAGCAAGACAUAUUCACGCUGCUUGUUCCAUGGGUCAACAAGUUCACGUUGAAAAAUCUGGAAGAUCCUGGAACUUUCAUGGUCUUGAACAACUUAUUUGCCAUCACAGUUGAACAUAAUAAUAGCUAUCCGAUGGAGAUCGAACAGCUCUGGAUUUUUUUGGGCAAAGGGAAUGGGUUUCAAAACAUCCAUGUGGCACUGGAUUAUAUAUUACAAACGUCAAUCUCCUCGCGAAAUCCACAAUUUGUCAAGAAAGCUAAAGACGUUGUUCUCUACCUAGCCAAUGUGCCUGGGGGAAUGGGACUGAUAGAUUCAAUUAUGAUUAAUCUUGAGCCUAAGCACAUGAUUCCAGACGCAUCGCGCUCUAGGCUAGAGAUGCCCACCGGAGAGCAAUAUGGAUUUGUGGCCAACAUUUGGAAGCUUCUCGCGUACCGGGGAAAGGAAGUUGUUUUUUCUAAAGCCCAACUUUCCGUCAUAUAUCUUGUCAAUUUGCUGACAAUACCCAAUGACUCGAUUAAGUCUAAGGUCCCAUUAUUACUUCAUAUUUGCUUUUCACUCAUCGAUCAUUAUGUUCCCAUAAUUCAUGAGAGUGCAGCAAAGAUUUUAUCAGAUCUCAUUUUCGGCCUUGUUCCGACUCAUGAGAAAGCGGAAGAGACUGUUGCGCUUAUAAAGGAUAGAGAUAAAAUAUGGGCAUACGACAAUCUCGUUAAAGACAAAAACGGCGCGCGCUCUCCCAAGACAAUGGACGCAUUAGUGAGAAAUGUUGUACAUCUUUUUUCAUCUUUUGAAAACAUACAGGUUGAUUGGCAAAAUAUCGCACUCACUUGGGCGACGACCUGUUCUGUGCGACAUGUGGCGUGUCGAUCCUUUCAAGUGUUCAGGUCUUUGCUCACUUUUUUGGACCAACAAAUGCUUAGAGACAUGCUGCAUAGACUCUCAAACACAAUAUCAGACGAAAACUUUGAAAUACAGGGCUUUGCGAUGCAAAUUCUCAUGACCUUGAAUGCCGUGACAGCUGAAUUAAGUCCUGCAAAGCUGAUUGAUUUCCCACAAAUGUUUUGGGCGCUAGUUGCUUGUUUAAGCAGCGUUCAUGAGCAGGAGUUUGUUGAGGUCCUUUCGAGUUUGACCAAAUUUGUCUCGAAAAUUGAUUUGGAUUCACCUGACACUGUACAGUGCUUGAUCGCGACCUUUCCAUCAUCGUGGGAGGGUAAAUUUGAUGGCUUACAACAGACUAUCAUGGGAGGAUUGCGGUCCCAGAAUUCGUGGGAUAUCUCGUUAGGGUUUCUUGACCGUUUGAACCUCUUCCAAGACAGCAAAAUAAUUGCGAAUUCGGAGUCCAGAAUAUUGUUUGCCUUGCUCGCGAACUUGCCUCGCUUUCUUCACGCAAUGGAUGGUGGAGAAUUUGAUGAAAGUACCAAAAAGGCCGCUGAGUCUUUAACUGAUCUUGCAGACAGUAAGGGUCAGCCCUCUCUAGCACGGCUUGUCGAUUCAUUAUCCAAAAACAAAUUCAGAUCCAAGAAAGAUUUCUUGAGUCAGGUCGUAAGCUUUAUAUCUCGCGCUUACUUUCCGGACUACUCAGCUCAGGCGCUAGUGUUUUUAAUGGGGCUCCUCUUCAACAAGAUUGAUUGGGUUAAAACAGAAACGUUACAAUUAUUGAAUAGCAUAGUGCCCUUGAUUGAUUUAAGCCGGCCUGAGUUUACAGGCGUUGGUGCUGACCUGAUAUCCCCGCUUCUAAGACUGCUUUUAACGGAACAUGAGUCACAAGCACUGGAAGUGUUGAACUCUGUUCGUAACGUAUCCGGCAGUAAAAUGGACAAAGAUGUUUUACGCAUAAGCAUGGGGAAUAAGGAUGCAAAAGUAUCAUAUAGCAGGACUGCAACAUUGUUCGGUAUUCCCGAAGAGAGUGGCUGGUCAGUUCCGAUGCCUACGAUGACGGCAGCCACUACAAGGCACAACGUGCAUGCUGUUUUCACGACUUGUUCGGACGGUCCUAGUGGUGACGCUGUCCAACAGGAGCCUGACAACCUGGUAGACGUGCUAGAAUUCCACGCAGACGGUGGUUAUGCCCCGGCAGCAGUGGUGGAAGCCAAUGAUACCACAUCUGUCUUAGAGGAUAAAGACGGCUCUCUCAGUCACAUGUGGGCAGAACUAGAUAACCUCGACACGUUCUUCACCACAGAAGUGGGAAUUCAUGAUGCUGGGCUUGAACCAAAAAUAUUUGAACAUGCUCAUUCGAACUCAGGCGAUACAGUUUACAUCGAUAAUCCCCAUAAUUUGGAGUCAGCACCUCAGCUCUACGAUAAGAAAGUGUCUGUGAUUCUCAACCACAGCUUGACCAGAACACCUUCCAAUGUGUCUUUCAAGACAAAUUUGGCAGAUUCUUUUGGUACUAAUAUGCAUAAAGGACCGCAUGUCUUAACAGACAGUAAUACCAUACAUACCGUGCGUGCCAGCUCCAAUUCCACAAGACCGAGUUCUGGCGCACCCUUUCAACCUGUAAUUUCUGCAUCCAGAGCAUCUCAGGUCCCAUCGCAUCCCAAUCUCGACCCUACAUCGCCUACAAAGCAAAAAACUGCGGAGAACCCAGAGCAUCUUUUUAGGUUCGAGGGAAUUCUAAGAAAUCCUAACAGGACAAAAAAGAAGUGGCAGAAGCAGCAGCAUCAGCAACAGCAAUUACUGGCCCAGACAUUUCAAGACGAGCCUAACUUGUAUCAAUUUGAGAAGAACUCAACUGCAGAUCUUUCACCUCAAAUUGGCAUGGUUAAGAGCUCUCCCUUAUCUCCCACUUUAGUUCAAAACGGGAAGCAAACACAACCAGCUGCGAAGGAAACACCCAAACAAAAAGGGUCUCAGACAAAGCCCAAAGCUCAAAAGCAUCAUUACCACCUGCCACACUUCUCUGGUCGCUUGUCGGACGGCAAAUUGACCCCUCCGCUUUCUAGUUCCUCUGCUCCAUUUUCGCUACGCUCGACCCCAUCUCCCAGAUCAAGCAAAUCAUCCGCUCCGACUCCGCUAAUGAGUCCGCAAGGUCCAAUCUCCAGAAGAGUCAAGUCUUUUCACGGUAAAUCAAAAAUAGGCGCUGGGAUGGACGGUGCCACCUUCACUCGGGAAACACCGGUUCAAAGAUUGAUGCAGGAUAGAAAUGUAGAAGAUGACUUAAUGAUCGAGAAACAGCUGCUUUCCUUACAAGACGAGCUGCAAAAUAGGUCCUCAAGCGGCGACAUCAAUUCAAAGUAA